CCCACUGCUGGCUGGAUAUCGGCGCUGGUUAUUGAAAAGCAGGGAGAUAAGGUCAGACUGCAGUGCUGGCUGGAGAGCCCGCUGCCUGAACUUGUGAGGAGAGAGAAAGAGGGAGAGUAGGAGAGGAGUGGAGAGGAGAGGAGAGGAGAGGAGAGGAGAAGGGGAGCUGUGCGCUCUCUUCCCGGCAGAGUGCGUCCCGCUCCACACACAUCCACUCACCGGAGUCACUGAGCUUCCAGGCGUCGGGCUGCUUUCCUUCUCCUCGCACCUCCUCAGUAUAUGAUCAUUCUGAAAGCAGACCUCUGCUGCCGGUGCACCUUUAAAGAAACUCUCCUCCUUUCUUCUUCUUUUUUCUUUUCCUCGUUUGUUUCCUACCUGCUGCUUUUGGAUUACGGAGAGGAGCGGCGCAGCGUGGGCGCGUAACUCCCGAAAUCAUGGAAUUAUGGAUAAAGUUGAUGUUGCUGUGCAGCUGCUGUUUGGGAACAAGUGCAAGCUUCGACGGCAGGUGGCCGCGGCAGAUGGCCUCAUCCAAUGGACUGUGCCGGUAUGGGGCCAGGGUGGACUGCUGCUGGGGAUGGACCCGCCGCUCCUGGGGUCACUGCCAGCCUCUCUUCGCCUUAACUCACAGAGUAGUCGGGAUAAGGUGCCAGCCCCAAGCUGUGUGUCAGCCUGGCUGUAAGCAUGGAGACUGCGUGGGACCUAAUAAGUGCAAGUGCCAUCCCGGCUACACCGGCAUGACCUGCAAUCAAGAAGAAGCGCUGGACUAUUUAACCCCACCAGUGUGGGCCGGUCACCUUCCUCUCUUUCUUCCCGUGGACCAUCGGCCAGCGAGAGUAGUGACGGAGGACCUGAAUGAGUGUGGCCUGAUGCCGAGGCCCUGUAAACACAGGUGCAUGAACACGUAUGGGAGCUACAAGUGCUACUGCCUGAACGGCUACAUGCUGAUGCCUGAUGGGACCUGUGGAAACGCUCGCACUUGCGGUAUGGCCAACUGCCAGUAUGGCUGCGAGGUGCUGAAAGGAGAGGUCCGCUGUCAGUGUCCAUCGCCAGGGCUGCAGCUGGCUCCGGAUGGAAGAACCUGUGUGGAUGUGGAUGAGUGUGCAGCAGGGACAGCCGUGUGUCCCAGGUUCAGGAAAUGCAUCAACACCUUUGGGAGCUACAUCUGCAAGUGCCAUGAAGGGUUUGACCUGCAAUACAUCAACGGGAAAUACCAGUGCAUAGAUGUGGAUGAGUGCUCUUUAGGUCAGAGCCACUGCAGCAGCUUCGCCACCUGCUACAACACGCCGGGCUCAUACAAGUGCAAAUGCAAAGAUGGCUACAGAGGGAAGGGCCACGACUGUAAACCCAUUCCUAAGGUGAAUAUUUACCCGCCCAGACCAGGCAAACUGCCUCCAAAUCACCACAACCACAUCCCAGACAUCGAUCACAGGAGGACCACCACCAUCCGCCCACCAGUGACUCCAAGGAGGAUCUUCCCCAUUAUUCCAGUAGCACCAACCACCACCACAACUGCGAAAACCACAACGACUACCAAACCAGCUCUUCCCCCGAGGAGGGUCACCCCACCGCCACGCAAGCCAGCAGUUCCCACCCGAAAGCCCUUGGUCCCCACGAGGAAGCCAUCGAUACCCACACGCAGACCGUACGUCCCACCGAGGCCUGUAGCUCCCACCAGGCCACCGCCGCCACAGCCUCCAGUCACACCCGUAGACAACACCAUCCAGAGGGAGGUCACCAAACAGAGAGGGGAUGUCCACAUUCCUCGGAACCACGGCCACAACACCGUCCUCGACAUUGACUUUGACAUUGAGCUCGGCAACACUGCGGAUGAAGCCAAGGAUGACCCAGCGUCAGGAUAUCUCAGCUGCUCCUUUGAUGACGGUCUUUGUGGUUGGAUCAGGGACAAAGACGGAGACCUUCACUGGGAGACAACUCCUGAUCCAUCAGGUGGGCGGUACCUCACCAUUCCCGAUGCAGGAAACAAGAGGACGGGACGAGGGGCCCGGCUGGUCCUCCCACUUACCCCUCCCUGGAACGACGGCAAUCUGUGCCUGUCAUUCCGGCACAAGCUGGCGGGUCACCACGUGGGAAUGCUUCAAGUGUUCGUGAAGAAGGGGAAGCAGUACAGUCCGGCGGUGUGGGGUCGAACAGGUGGAAACGGCUGGAGACACACCCAGAUCACACUAUGGGGCACGGGCCUGGAAAGUGUGAUCCUGAAGGGGGAGCGUGGGCGAGGCAGGAGCGGGGAGAUGGCCGUGGACGACAUCACCUUGAGGAAAGGCGCCUGCACAGAGGAGCACAAUCUGAGGAGACUCUGACUGACAGAACAGAGGAAGGCAGAUGGGAAAACAUGAGGGAGAAUCAUCUCAAAGAGAACAGACUCUGUUGUGACACCUCCUCACUCUGCCUUAGUGCUCGCUGAUCCCUCCCUCCCUCUCUCACCCCAUCCUCCACCUCCCAGCUGAACGAUAUCUGAAAAAUUGUGUGUGUGUGUACAACAUUGGUUUUUCUCUUUCCCCCCCGACCGUUUGUGAAUAAGCUGAUUUCAUGGGCGGAUCCUGGCAGCACACCCCUCGGCCUCUCUCUCUCUCACGCCAUCACCUUGUUACUCGGAAACUGCAUGUAUCUACUUACCAUGGAAAUGUCCUCCACCUAACACAGCCCUGGCAGCCGUCCAGCCACACCUCUGAGAGGCCAGCAUUCAGUUCUUUUGUUCCCGGAGAGGAUCUCUUCCCUCAUUACGGAGUCCACUUUUGCUUUGCUUUGAUCCUUUUAGCCACAAGCCACUGCUUUUCUUUUUUUAUUUGCUUGGUGGUAAAAUUAUGUGGCCAGGGGUUGCAAUUUGUGACUGUUUUGAUCAGCAAAAAUAUCACACAUUUCCUUGAGGGUUAGAGAUGACUUUUUUUUUUUUUUUUUUGCAAAAGACAAAUUGUAUUUGUCGAAAUUUGGUUGGUACUUAUCCAGAUCACUCCAAAUCAGAUACACAACAAGAGUAUUAAACAAAUUUGCAAGUCAGUUUAGCCUGCUUUUGUUGGUAAAAUAUGAGGUUUUUGGUGUUUUUUCACAGCUUUUCACAGUAUUUCAAAAAAAAAAUCUGCCUGAUAGAAGAGAAUUUAAGCAUUUAGCACCUUUUCUAUCCCGACCUUUUAUCGAAGACUCAUAAAAGUUGAAUUAAACUCUCUGCGAUCAUGUUUGUCAGAUACUUGAAAUGUGCAAAACAGAGUCAGUGUAUAAUUUUUGACACUUGCAACUCAACAGUUACUUUCUAUUAUACAGUAUGUGCUUUGUUAUAUUAAGUGCAGUUUGUUAUAAAGACAAUGAUGCCGACGACUUUUUAGGCUUCCACAAAUUGUAUUAUUGUAAAUGUAGUUGUGUGUACAUAAUCUAAAAGAUCUACAAUUCCAUUUGUUUUGUGGUUCGUAUGUCGUGUAAAUUCAUGCACAAGUAUUAAUUGGAUUUCAAGUGGUUGGUAUUUCAGCAUUUAAAGAACAUGUACGCAGACAGAAACCUUGUGUAGUGCAAGGCUGUGUGUGAAGUGCGCCAAAUAUGUGUGUGUUCAUGUGGUAUAACGCUCUGUCUGUUACUUGCAAAGCACAUAGUUGCAUAUUAUAUGCUGUGAUAAUGAAGGGCAUCGGCUGGAAUUUAAAGGUUUUCUGUAUGCAUGGAUGCAUUCACCAAAUUCAGAUUUAUCCAGACCAGUAUGUAAAUAAAAGACAUUUGACUGA